AACCCCGGGCUAUGACUAGGACGGGCACGACGCGAGAACAGCCAUUCGAAUCCAGUAUUAGUGCGGUGUAGAGUGGUUUCGCCCGGUGGUUUAAAGUCUGACGCCUGCCUCCUACACGAGAGAGUUUCCGUAAAGAUCGUGACUCCGAGACCGAUUACCGGUGUAUAAACAAAAUGCCCUUCAAACCAGUAGAACACCCCAAGUGUCCCAAAUGCGGCAAAUCCGUGUACGCCGCGGAAGAACGAGUCGCCGGAGGCCUCAAAUGGCACAAGAUGUGCUUCAAGUGUGGUCUCUGCGGCAAAUUGCUCGACUCGACAAACUGCACCGAGCACGAGGGCGAGCUAUUUUGCAAAGUCUGCCACGGUCGCAAGUUCGGCCCUAAGGGAUACGGCUUCGGUGGAGGCGCUGGUUGCCUGUCCAUGGAUCAGGGCGAACACUUGAAGAGUAGCGAGGAGCUCUCGCGAGGAUCGAACGCCAUAUUGGAGCCGCGGGUGAUCGCGAAGGCGCCGGAAGGAGAGGGUUGCCCGCGAUGCGGUGGAUACGUCUACGCCGCGGAGCAGAUGCUGGCCCGAGGAAGGCAAUGGCACAAGGAAUGCUUUAAGUGUGCCAACUGCUCCAAGAGAUUAGAUUCCGUCAACUGCUGCGAAGGUCCUGACAAGGACAUCUACUGCAAAGUAUGCUACGGAAAGAGAUUCGGACCGAAGGGUUAUGGCUACGGUCAGGGUGGUGGCGCCCUACAAAGCGACUGCUACGCCAAUGGCGAUGCUGCACCUCGCACCGCUGUGAUCGACACCGCCGCGAUCAAAGCGCCACCUGGCAAGGGCUGUCCACGUUGCGGCGGCGUAGUGUUCGCCGCCGAGCAGGUGCUGGCAAAGGGCCGCGAAUGGCACAGGAAGUGCUAUAAGUGUCACGACUGCACCAAAACUCUGGACUCCAUCAUCGCCUGCGACGGGCCAGAUAAAGAUGUCUACUGUAAGACCUGCUACGGAAAGAAGUGGGGACCGCACGGAUACGGAUUCGCAUGCGGAUCUGGAUUCUUACAAACCGAUGGCCUAACAGAGGAAGAAAUAUCGGCCAGCAGACCAUUCUACAAUCCAGACACGACCUCUAUCAAGGCGCCCGCCGGUCAGGGUUGCCCUCGUUGCGGCGGCAUGGUCUUCGCCGCCGAGCAACAGCUCGCCAAAGGCACCAUGUGGCACAAGAAAUGCUUCAACUGUGCCGAAUGUCACCGGCCAUUGGACUCAAUGCUGGCCUGCGACGGACCCGACAAGGAAAUUCACUGCCGAUCCUGCUAUAGCAAACUCUUCGGGCCCAAAGGAUUUGGAUUCGGCCACACCCCGACUCUCGUUUCCACGAACGGAGAUCAGGCUCCCUCGUACAUCGACGCCAAGCCACAGGUCGGCCAGAAGCGAGACGACGGUCACGGGUGUGCACGCUGCGGCUACCCGGUAUACGCCGCGGAACAGAUGAUCUCGAAGAACCGCUUGUGGCACAAACGUUGCUUCAGCUGCGGCGAAUGCCAUCGUUCGUUAGACUCGACGAAUCUAAACGACGGUCCGGACGGCGACAUCUACUGUCGCGGUUGUUACAAUAGGAAUUUCGGUCCCAAGGGGGUGGGCUUCGGCAUGGGCGCGGGCACCCUGACGAUGGCCUAAUCUCGACGACACGACGAGAUUCUCGAAACAGUCUCAUAUCUCUAUAUAUAUAUAAAUAUAUAUAUAAAUAUAAUAUAAAUAUAAAUCUAUUCAAGUAAUGUGCAAGCGAAUGGAGGAACGUAACGCGUCCGUCGGCGUGGGGACUAAUCCCGGUUCCCGACGACGGCGGCCGUGUUGGUUCCUCCAUCUCCUGUCGUAAGUAUGUAUAUGUAUAGGCGCCUGACUACUCGACUAACUCCGACAAAUGACGAAAGAAACUACGCUGCUCCAUGACAAUCAAAAUGAUACGUCCAUCUCAACAUUACUUCCGACGACCAUACGCGCCGAUCCGAUCGCAACGAGCCCGUCGGGCUCCGUUGAUCGGAUCGCGAUCGGAUAACGGGGUUGCAAGGUCGAUCCCUUCGACGACGUAGCGCACGAACGACCAACGCACCGAUCAUUAUCGAUUAUAUAUUAUCGAAUACAAUUUAUGUACCGACGAACACGCUAACUUUUAUUACUUUUGUAUGGCGAGAUUUCGACCGGGGUUCGGUUCCCUCUCCGGGCGAGGUUCGCGGCAGCUCGGCGCGUCGCACGGACACAAGAUGGCCGCCGCCGCCGUCUCGCGCGGGAAGGGGACCACGGAACGCGCGCGAAAUUUGAAACGACCUCAGGCACCGAGCCCGGGAAAUUCGAAUUGUCCGACCAAGAAACAGGAACCUUGUCAGUAAUUCUUGCAUUUACGGGGUUGCAAAUUCGUGGGUCACGAAGGACAAUGCGCGUCCGCGUAAAUUCGUAGCGUAUUCUCGUCGGUCGAAGAUCCGUCGAAAUUUCUACGGUAAUCCGAUCAUCGCGAAACACUGUCGUUUCGUCGCGAAUGCGCCGUGUUCUUCGACCGGUGGCUUCGAUUGAAACCGGCCGAAAUGCUUGCUGAUCUAGAUGAAUUUGAAUCGAUAAACCGCGAACGAACAAGGCGAAAUUGGUUGGAUGUUUCGAUAUUUUCGGCUCGGGCAUGUUCGUGAACGGUCAAAGAGGGUUCCCCGACAAACGAAACGACGAACGACGACCGCAGCUCCCAUCCCUAACGACGAGCAUGCGAGCGACAUAGUACAAAGGGUAAAUCCGUGUAUACCUGGACCGCAAUCAGGAGCAACGAUGUAAUCCAAAGGACGACUGUUGAGACGAGUGAGAGAAAGAGAUGUUGACGACAGAUAUAUAUAUAUAAGUAAAAAAAAAAGAAAGAAACCACAGAGAUACACACAAGAACGAUUAUUUUCAAUAAAUGUAUAUUUCGAAAUAAAAUGGGGGAGAGACUUGGUA